UUCACGUGCAGCACUGUGAAUCUCACCAGCUGCAUGGCUGCAGAAUACAACAUCACUCCUGACCAGGUGGACACAUGCCUUAUCAGCAACAUGACUUCCAGCUACAGCCUGGGCACCCUGCAGGGAUUCUGUGACAGUCCUUUGCCCAACUGCAACUUUCCAGAGUACUUUACCUACAGUGUCUUAUUGAGUCUCCUGGCCUGCUCUGUGUUCCUUCAGAUCAGCUGUAUUGGAAAACUGAUCCUUAUGUUAAUCAUUGAAUUUAUAUAUGUUCUCAUUGUGGAAGUGCCAGGGGUCAACCUUUUUGACAAUGCAGAUCUCCUGGUUGCAGCUAACACCUACAUGUCUGCAAAUGCAACAUUGAUAUGCUCUCCAGUAAUGACGCGAGUCGCGCUGAAGGUUGUGACCCCUGUCAUCAUUACUGUCUUUGUCCUGGCACUGUACUUGCAUGCCCAGCAAAUGGAAUCCACUGCAAGGCUUGAUUUCCUCUGGAAACUCCAGGCCACUGAAGAGAAAGAAGGAAUGGAGGAUCUGCAGGCCUAUAACAGACGCCUCCUCCACAACAUUUUGCCAAAGGACGUGGCAGCCCAUUUCUUGGCUCAGGAGCGGCGAAAUGACGAACUGUAUUACCAGUCCUGCGAGUGCGUGGCUGUCAUGUUCGCCUCCAUAAGCAACUUCUCAGAGUUUUAUGUGGAGCUGGAGGCCAACAAUGAAGGGGUGGAGUGCCUGAGACUGCUCAAUGAGAUCAUUGCUGAUUUUGAUGAAAUAAUAAGCGAAGACCAAUUUCGGCAGUUGGAGAAGAUCAAGACCAUUGGCAGUACAUACAUGGCUGCGUCAGGCCUCAAUGAUUCCACUUACGACAAGGAAGGGAAGACACAUAUCAAAGCUCUGGCUGAUUUUGCCAUGAGGUUAAUGGACCAAAUGAAAUACAUUAAUGAGCAUUCAUUCAACAACUUCCAAAUGAAGAUAGGCCUCAAUAUUGGUCCUGUCGUAGCUGGGGUCAUAGGAGCACGCAAACCCCAGUAUGACAUAUGGGGCAACACGGUGAAUGUAGCCAGCCGAAUGGACAGUACAGGUGUGCCAGACAGGAUUCAGGUAAGGAAUUCACCAGAAAAUUUAGAUUGCCAGCCCUGUGCUGCUUACAGGUUUUGA